AUGCGAGAGCUCUCCCAACAGCCUACUGAGUUUGAGUUGCGCCAUCGGAAUGCUCAGUUCGCCGAGAAGGCUCGGAUGGGCAAGAAGCCAACAAAACCGUCUCGCCAGGAGCUGCUCACCAAACGGAGCCCUCUGAGCCUUUGGGCCCUUGGCGCAAUCAUCUUUGUCGUUAUAGGUGGAGUGAUACUUGAAUUCCUCCGGCUUAUGUUCCUCUGA